AUGGAUCAAGAAGAAUUAUCCCUUUUCAGGAUUAUCACUGGGUAUUUCUUUCUACUAUGGUAUAUAAUUAUCCUUGUGGCAGCCUACAGUGGGUUUUUUGAGAUUUUUUUCAAUUUUAGAAAUCGACCAGUACUACAGUCAGUUCACCAAAAUGACCCUGAGAGUGAUGAUGACGAAAUAUAUGAAGGGGUAACAAUUAUACGACCAAUUAAAGGCAUUGAUCCAGAGUUGAUAUCGUGUUUAGAAUCUUCAUUUUGUCAAAAUUAUCCAAGAAGUAAAGUGCAGAUUUUGUUUUGUGUUGAUGAUCCAAAUGAUCCUUCCCUUUCCAUAAUCCAAAAAUUGAUAGCAAAAUACCCAACAGUCGAUGCUCAAAUCCUAACUAGUGAUAGCUAUAACCCUCAAACGAAAACUAGUGAUGACCAUUAUGGACCCAAUCCCAAAGUUAAUAAUUUGGCAAAGGGGUUUGUCCAUGCCAAGUAUGAUAUUUUAUGGGUGAUGGAUAGUAAUGUUUGGGCAAGUUCUAAUAUUUUGAAAAAUUCUGUAAUUUCAUUGAAUAGCAAUUUAAACAUGUCGAGAAAGAUGGGACAAUCAAGACCAGUGAAAUUAGUUCAUCAUGUUCCCUUGGCAUUAAGUAUCAAUAAUGUAACCAGAGGUGAUGGUUUAGUUGGUGGUCAAGAUCUAGAAAUUACGGCAAUGACCCCUGUUCCUUCAUCUGAAUCUAUUAAUUCACAAUUAGUGAAACGUAAACAGUCACCGAAAUCUAAAAAUUCAUUGACUGCCAAUUCAGGUGCUACAUAUUCAAGGUUUUCAAAGAAAUUGGGAGCAGAACUUGAUGAAAUGUUCUUGCACACAUCGCAUUCCAAGUUUUAUGUACUGUUGAACAAUUUGGCAGUAGCGCCAUGUGUUAAUGGUAAAUCUAAUAUUUAUCGUCGUUCAGACUUGGAUCAAUCAGUUAGAUUAAUUCCUCAUAAGGAUUCCCCAUUUUUCAAAGACCCAAAAGUGAAACAAGAUGCAGGGUAUUAUACUUCUUUGGGGGUUGGGCACGCGAUUAAAUUUUUCGCCCGAUACAUUGGUGAAGACAAUAUGAUUGGAAUUGCUCUUUGGGAAAAUAGUCAAGGAAGAACAGGAUUAACUGGAGAUGUAGUUGUGCAACCUUAUAGUGGGUUAGAAAACAAUGCCCUUAGAGAUUAUAUUCAAAGACGAGUAAGAUGGCUCAGAGUCAGAAAAUAUAUGGUUUUGUUGGCAACAUUGAUUGAACCAACUACCGAGUCGAUUAUCUGUGGUAUCUAUGGUACUUAUGCUAUCUCAACUAUUUUUCUCGGUACUUGGUUCAACAAGUCCUGGUUUGUUAUACAUAUGCUUAUAUGGAUGUUGACAGAUUAUGUACAAUAUUACAUUUUGAUAAACCAUACGUUGGAUGUUAAAAAUGUUACUUACUUGCCUAAUUGGUUACACGAUGCUAUUCCACCCAAACAGAGAAAUUGCUUACAAUGGGGGUAUAUUUGGAUACUUCGAGAGUUAUUGGCAUUGCCUAUUUGGGUAAUUGCAAUGAUAGGACAUGAAAUCGAUUGGAGAGGAAAACCAUUCAGAAUUAAGAAAGAUUUAACUGCUGAAGAAAUGUGA